ACCUCGACUCCGCCGCCGUCCCUGGACCGCCGCAGGGCCGCAGCCUCCGCCAGGGAGCGCGCUCCUCGGCCGCCGCUCGCCGGCGUCCCGGGAGCCCGACAAAGAGCGCGCCGCCCGCCCGCAGUCGCGCCCUGAGGCUCCGGCGGCUCGGCGGGCGAUGGGAGAUGGAAGGAAGCGACGCCGCGGCAGAGACAUUUGUUUGGGUUAACAGUGCAUCAGCACAUUCCCAGAGUGUUGCCAAGGCCAAAUAUGAAUUUUUAUUUGGCAGAUCUGAAGAGAAAACUCCAGAUACUAGUGAUCAUGGAGGAAGCACUUUACUCCCACCGAAUGUCACGAAUGAAUUUCCAGAAUAUGGGACCAUGGAGGAAGGUGGAGAAGGCCUGAGAGCCUCUCUCGAGUUGGACGCUGAGUCUCUGGCAUGCCGCCCACAAGGGCCGCAGGGGGUCCGGCUUCUUGCUGGCCAGCACUCUGGGCUUGCCAGUGGUACAGGAGGACCACCAGACGUCGGAGAGGCCCCCUCUCAAAGUCACCUCAAGGAACAGAGUUUACAACCCAUUGACUCUUUGAUUUCAGCUCUGAAAGCCACAGAAGCCAGAAUAGCUUCAGGAACGUUGAAGGCUGCAAAGGUACUGGACAGAGAUGUUGCUCCUGGCUUUUCCGUCCAGCAGGUGGAAAAAGAGCCUGACACUGCCAGUCAUAAAACGCAGAGAGCCAACGAACUGUUCCCUGCUGGCCGAGAAAAGCCACCAGAUAUACCUCUUUCCGCUGAAGUUAUGACUGAGGAAAAUUUUUACUUGAGUAUCCAGAAGGAUCUGACUGCACUAUUAACUGGAGAAACUCAAGCAGAGCUUUCCCGAACCGCUAAUAAUGGAAGAAAGGGCGUUCUCCACGUGCAGGAGCCAGCUCAUCCAGCAUCCUCCGUGGGGAGCCCAGCCACCCACAGCUCACUGGGCAAUGCUGGUUUGUUGAGAGAGAGGAGGUCUGAUCAGGGGGGAGGGCACCCAGGACGGGGUGAUCAGGGCAGCUCCGCAGGACGCCCAGGCCAGGUCAAACACGUGGAAUUCCAAGGGGUGGAAAUACUGUGGACAGGAGGGGAGAAAAGAGACACGCGGCAACCUGUGGAUUUUGAGACUCUGUUGGAAAGGACAACCCCUCCUGAAGGCAAAGAGUUUUCCAAAGCGCCAGGCCAUCCUGUCUCAUAUGCUGGUUUGUGUAAUUCAGCUGGUUUAACUGGGAAUGUUUGGGAUGAAACCCAGGGAGCGCCUGCAGAGAGGCCGGCUGCUGGCUCAGGGCCACUUUCCCCUGUGCCCCUUCUCGAGAGCGGAGAGGAUGAAGUCUUCCUGAGGGACAACAAGGAACAUCUCGAGAAGAAGCCUGGCCUGGAGAGAGACAAGCAAAGGGCUCUUGAGCAAGAGGAGCCCUUGAGGGGCGGGGAGGACGACGUACUCGGGCCCGGGUGUGCGGAGGACCCCACGGACGUGUACAGCUCCCAGUUUGAGGCCGUUUUGGACAACACUUCUCUGUACUACAGCGCUGGGUCCUCGGAGACGUUAUACUCAGAGCCUGACAGCUAUUUCAGCUUUGAAAUGCCCCUCACUCCAAUGAUACAGCAGCGCAUCAAAGAAGGCGGCCAGUUCCUGGAGAGGACGCCGGCGGGGGGCCAGCAGGACAUCCUGAGCGUCUCGGCAGAUGGCGGAGUAGUGAUGGGCUGUUCUGGUGGGAUCACCAACGGGCUGAGCGGCUCCCGCAGCUCUGUCUACUCCAGAGGCACCCCGGAGGCGGCUUUCUGGGGAAGUUCUCACAGCCAUGCUGGGGUGAAAACAGCCCUGCUAGAUGCUCGAUCUGAAAUGGGGAGCACUGACAUUCUGGAGAAGGAGACCUCGGGGAGCCUCAGCAACGGGACCAGCGGCAACGUAGACGCAGCCAGAAGGCUGGCCAGACGCCUUUAUCAGCUGGACAGAUUCAAAAGAUCAGAUGUGGCAAAGCACCUAGGCAAGAACAAUGAAUUUAGCAAACUAGUUGCGGAAGAAUAUUUGAAGUUUUUUGAUUUUACAGGAAUGACACUGGAUCAGUCUCUCAGGUAUUUCUUUAAAGCAUUUUCUCUUGUGGGAGAAACCCAAGAACGAGAGAGAGUUUUAAUACACUUCUCCAAUAGAUAUUUUUAUUGUAACCCAGAUACCAUUGCUUCACAAGAUGGAGUCCAUUGCCUCACCUGUGCAAUGAUGCUUCUUAACACAGAUCUCCACGGCCAUAAUAUCGGAAAGAAGAUGACCUGCCAAGAGUUCAUUGCAAACCUCCAAGGGGUAGAUGAGGGCGGUGAUUUCUCCAAGGAUCUACUGAAAGCUCUGUACAACUCGAUCAAGAAUGAGAAGCUUGAAUGGGCAGUAGAUGAUGAAGAGAAAAAAAAGUCUCCGUCAGAAGGUACUGAUGAGAAAGCUAAUGGAACACAUCCGAAGACCCUCAGCCGUAUUGGGAGCACGACCAACCCAUUCUUGGACAUUCCUCACGACCCAAACGCUGCUGUGUACAAAAGUGGGUUCUUGGCCCGGAAGAUCCACGCAGAUAUGGAUGGGAAGAAGACUCCAAGAGGAAAACGAGGAUGGAAAACCUUCUAUGCUGUACUAAAGGGAACAGUCCUUUACUUGCAAAAGGACGAAUAUAAACCAGAGAAGGCCCUGUCAGAAGAAGACUUGAAGAACGCCGUCAGCGUGCACCACGCGCUCGCAUCCCAGGCCACGGACUAUGAGAAGAAGCCCAACGUGCUCAAGCUUAAAACUGCCGACUGGAGGGUCUUGCUUUUUCAAGCCCAGAGCCCAGAGGAAAUGCAAGGGUGGAUAAACAAAAUUAAUUGUGUGGCAGCUGUGUUUUCGGCACCGCCAUUUCCAGCAGCCAUUGGGUCUCAGAAGAAGUUUAGCCGCCCUCUCUUGCCCGCCACCACAACAAAGUUGUCUCAGGAGGAGCAGCUGAAAUCUCAUGAAAGCAAGCUGAAGCAGAUCGCCACGGAGCUGGCUGAGCACCGCUCCUACCCACCGGACAAGAAAGUCAAAGCCAAGGAGGUGGAUGAGUACAAGCUGAAAGAUCACUACCUGGAGUUUGAGAAAACCCGCUAUGAAACGUACGUCCGUGUCCUGAAAGAGGGAGGCGUGGAGCUCCUGAAUAGCAGCGGGGGGGGCCCCGCAGGCCUGAAGAAGUCACACUCCAGUCCCUCGCUGAACCCAGAUUCGUCCCCGGUCACGGCCAAGGUCAAGCGGAACGUGUCAGAGAGGAAGGACCACCGACCUGAAACGCCGGGCAUUAAGCAAAAAGUUACUUAGAGUCCACCUGCGGCCAGGAAGCGCUGGUCGUGGAGCAAAACAGAGCUUUUCAAGAUCUUUCUGGUAAAUCCGUGAAUAUAUUUAAAAAAAAAAAAGUCUGUGACUAAAGGUGCAUUAGGAACCUUUUCUAUUGUAUAUUUUUGUUAGUUUCUGUACAGAUUGUCUCUUUGCUCUUGAUUUCUUUGCUUUGAUGAUUUUUGCUCCUUGGUAACUAAUGCACCUUUCAUGGGGGGGGGACCAUGAUUCCGGAGUGAGUUCUGUCCCACUCCUCCCCUGGUUUUCUGCCCAGUUGUUUCUGUGUGUUCUCAAUCAGCUGUUACAUUUUUUUUUAAGGUUAAAAAUUUAAUCCAUUGUGAAACACUUAACUGGACAACCUUUGUAGUUUAGAAACUUCUAGCCAGAGUUAAUAUAAGCCUUUUUUAUGUGAACUCUCGCUCAGUCACAGAGGUGGAAUCGAGCACGCGCAGAAGUUCAGUUAAGAGCGCGAGGGAUCGGGAUGUCCCUUGGUGACGUGCCACUGGGUGCGCGUCUGAUCACUUCGUGUUGAGGCCCUGCCUGCUGGGAGCAGGGGAAGGGCGCAAGGACCUCGGGGCCGAGAAUGUAGGAGGCACGUUCCUUGCCUGAGCGCCGAUUCCACCCCAGCCAGUCAGGAGGAGGAAGUGGAGCCCUUUGCCAUUGAAGGCUGAGGGAGGGUGACCGCGAGCUCGUUCUGUUUUCUAAGGGAUAGUGGCAGACUCUUCCGGGAGCUGCAGCAGCAGGCAUGUCUUUGGUCUGCAGGAAGUACGUCCUCCCACUCCCGCAGGGCAAGGAACCAGAACCGUCUGCCCUCAAUACCCUGCCGCUGGGAGUUAGGUUCCUCUGUCUGUGGGCACCGUGUUGUCUCCUGGUUGUGAGACUCUUAGGGUCUUCCUAACAAAAUACUUUUGAAAUGGAACCUCUUUCAUUCUUCCCUUAAUCCAGGCAAAACUUAAAGAAAGGAAAAAGUAGUUUUUGCCUGUAGUUGUUUGGCAAUGGAAUAGUGAUGCUUUGAAAUGUAUCUGAAUCAAGGAAAAGUGACGAGCCUCCCGGUGGCACCAGCAGAGCCGCCUUGUCUGCUCAUCUCGGUCCGUCCCUUCCACCGCCUCUUCCUUCUGCUGUGACCGAGCUUCCCCCUAAAGUCAACCCUUCGUCUUAAAUUCCGUCUUUGUAUUUGCUCAGAACAGUCACAAGCUUGGCCCAGGGACGGUCCCUUUAAAAUUCAGGUGAUAAACAGAACGUUCUCUCACUGACGAAGGGCAGGGGGUGAAAACUGAGCCCAUUGCGAGCUCGAGUUUUCUGAUUUUAAAACCUUGAAACUUUGUGCUCCUUAAACCUAUAACCUGCACCACUUCAUAACUAACGCAGUCCCUCUGGACAUCCUUUUCUGUCCCAUAGAAGCUCACUCGCGUUCCACUCAGCUACUAGUUCAGGUACUCUGACCAAAGAAUCAGGGGCCCUGCGUGCGUGGGCAGCGUGGUGCCAGGGGGUGGGGGUGGGGGGUCUGGGAAGCCCGCGCUCGCCCCCUGGUGCUUUCUAGCGGUAUUUUGUUCUGAUGCGCCAGCGUUUGCACAGGGCUGUGCUUCCUUCAGCUGCGUCAAUGCCCACAUUUGCUGGUGCCCAGAAAAGAGAAACCCCUCGUAAGGGUGCAGCUGCUGGCUCGUGGGAACUGGGUUUGCCACACCUUCAGAAAACUCCCUCUCGCCCUCUGUCUUGUUUAGGUAAGGGCAGUGAUUACAUUUGUUUCAAAGCCUAGAAAGAAACAGGGUGGUUACCACCAUGGCCUGUGGACCUGAGUCCCUUUUGUGGCUUCUGACUGAACCCAGGAUUUCUGCAAGGGCGUCAUCUGCCUUUCUAGAGUCUGAAUCGCCGGCCUCGUGUUUUCUGCCCAGAUCUCUCUCCUGAGGGGAAGGAGGUGCCGAGACCGUGUCAUCCCUGAGCAUCAGAACCAAGGAACAAGUGUCCCUGGCUGGCUUGAACGCGUGUGCUCACAGUCGCGUGUGUCCGUGCGUGCAGCGUCGUGUGUCUCGCUCAGAGUUUGUGCUUCCCGUGGGGCGGUCCUUGCCGCAGCGUUUGGGCCUUGGGGUAGCUCUGCGGCGCCCGCUCAGCCCCAGCCCCACGGCCGCGUCGUGCUUGUCGCAGGGCUCCCCAGUGCCGUGUCCGGGAACUUCCGGGCGUGCUGGUAGCUGCUGGUGAGGAGGGCACGUGUGGAGCUGGGGUGCAUACAGAGCGUUCGCAGAGUUUACCUGGAAGACCAGCUGCAGAGGUGGUUUGCGAGCCGGGACCCCACGCUGCCCUGGCGCAACGUUGUCGGCCCGCCUCUAGGGGCUGGGCUGGGACCCCUCCCCCCGAGGCCUCCGUACUGUCUGGUGUCGGCACCCCAGCAGGCCAGGAGCUCAUCCUGCCCGAGGCAGGCCCCCCACCUGACGAGAUUCUGAGGCUCUUGCCCGUAGUCAGUCAUGUUUUCUUUUGUGAUCAUCUUUUUCCCGUGGUAUCUCAUCAGGAGACACUGAAGACAUUCCUUCCCUUUCUCAGCUUCUGCGAGGCUGCUGCCCAGCUCACGGUACAGGGGAGCCCUCCGCUCCUUUCCUCCUGGAGGUACUGCCCCCCACCCUUUACCCAGACCUCAGCGCCAGGGGCCUGACAUGCCUCUCCGUCCGAUAAGUCCUUGUUCCUCAUCACAUAGACACACUUAAUUCUUAGCACAGAAAAUCUGGAGAGUCGUCACAGUAUCUUGGUGAUCUCUUGUUGCAGAACUGCCCAAAGAAGUGGCCUGUGGAUGAAAUUGAAGGGUUUUGGGGCUGGUUCCCUCACCGCACAUGUUGUGGCAUUUGCAGGAGGUGUCAGGAAUUCCUUGCUCACAAUCAAAACUUAAUUACCAGCAUGCAGAGUCCUUAUUUUGUUGCCAGCCAUAGACAUUAUUUGAAGCACGCUAUUUAGAAACAUCAUUUGCUGACUCUUAGCAAUGCCUGAUUAAACCAAGCAGUACUUCUGCACAUUUUAAUUGAUCUCAGCAAAAGCAGCGCGUGGGGGUGUCCCCCAUGGAUCUGCAGUCCCGGAUCCCGGGAACCUCUCCCAUGGCCCUCAGGUAGAGAGGGCGGGGUCAGCAGUGCAGGACCCUCUGUGUUCCAUCCUGACGGUGAGGACUGCUCCUAGUCAGACGUGAUGCGAGGGACUUCAUUCCGGGAGAGAGAACUUGGCUGGCUUUCCGGGGCCAAGCUAGGGGUAGUGGUCUCCCUGCGGCCAAAGCACAGAACUGAUAAGCGUUUACACACCCAGCAGGGAAGGAGCCUUGUGCAGGCCUGGCCUGCUGUCCCCAGCAUCCUGGAAAGAGCCAGGAGGUCAUCCUUACGGAGGCGGGGCCUGCUUGACCCUGAGCUGUACCUCUUCUCCGCCUUUAUCCCUAAUCCCAGUCAGUUGGAAGAAAACUGACAUUUAAGAGGUUUCUCCUUGGUCUCACCCUCAGGACUCUCGUGGGUUUAGUUAGUAGUCAUUGGAAUCGCAUUCUCUGGCAGUUUUCCUUGGAGUCAUCAGUCAGGCUCUCUCAGCCUGAGUUCUCAGGUUGUGUCUCGGGCUCGCAGGCCCCGAUCUCUGUAGUUUAGCUGUCGGGGGCCCGGAGCAAGUUUUCAGCAGGUUGGCGGCCAGCGUCCUUCACUUCAGGAGUGGGCGAUCCCCGACCGCUUCACUUUGCCGUCAGCAGGGUGUUGCAGCCGUAGGAGGAGCGCCGUUAAACCGGAACCAAAGUGGCUCCCCGGACGUGUUGAGCGUUGGGCCCAGUGAGCGGCCAUCGUGGCUUUGGGUUUAAGUUUCCCACAGCAUCUGCUCCAACAGACAAAGACCAGUCAGCUCUGUAGGUAGAGAAGCGUCUGGGCCUUCCUGGCUCCACAGCUCUCUGGCUGUCUCUCCUCCCAGGCCAUCAGCCUGCCCGGGGCAACAGGUGUCUCCAUCGGCCUUUGACAUCUUCUGCCAUCCCAUCCAGAGGCCUUUAGCGGCCACUCUUGCACCACAGAAUAACCCCAGCAGCGACGGAGCGCUUCCCAGGGUCUCAGUCUCACAAGGAGGACUCGGUCCAAAGCCAUCGCCAUUUUCCUUUUGUGCCCAGGUGGGUGUCCUCUGCCCUGGACAGUGACAGGCCAGUGCCUGCAGGGGGUGUCUUCAGAAAGCGAGUGUCCUAAAGACUUGAAUCCGCGUGACGGUUUACAGACCAGAAUGCAGCAGCAAGAAAAUACUGCAGGUUAAGUCGUAUAUGCAGUAGGGUUCCCUAAGUCUCUGUGGCUCUUCCUUUGUAAUUUACGUGUGUAUCUGUAACAUCGCAGGCUUUUGGAGAAUAUUCACGUAGAUCGUCUGUCAACAGCAAAGAAUACGCUUCUUGUCACCCGCCAGUGUCCUAGUGGGUGUUUGUAAUUGUGUGUGUACCUGUGUGUCCGUGUGUAGAUUGUACAUCAGUGUACAGUGUGUGUAUGUCAAAUGUAUGUGUCCGUAACCAGUGUGAAUGGAAAGCAAGUAAAAACCUCACAGGACUGAGUGUAUAAUGCAGUUUUUGAGAGUCUGUAUAGUGGUACUGUUUUAUUACACUUAAAGUCAAAGGAUAUUUUGAUUAAUUUUUUUAAUAAUAAGAUUUUAUGCUAGAAAAUUUAGUCUUUGAGCUUUGAAUCACCAGGGCAAAUAUGACUCUGAACUAACUGUUGAACUAGCUCAGCGUACUGUGUGCAGUACCAAGGGGGUAGCUCAUUAUAACUUCGCUUUACAGAAAGAAACACACACACAGCCUGAGCUUUCUUAGCAAUUGCAGUAUUAAAGCACUUAAAGUCAAACUGGCAGUUUGGGGCUUCUUACAAAAUGUGAUGCUGUAAAGCACACGUUCUUUAUUGUUGUAAUUAGUCCAGAAAAACAGCUUUCAGAAGAGCGCAGUGAGUGGCAGGUGUCACCUACACACCGCGUCCGUUUUCACAGUAGCUCAGACCACUCCGAGCACCACGUCCUCGCCUCUGCACCUCGGGAAAUGCUCCAGCCACUGGAGUCGCUCGGGGCUCCCCAGGACGGGGUUCCGUCGCACGAAUCAGCGUCUCAUCACAGGUGAAAGAAGUUUAGGACAGGCUAUGGACCAGCUUGAAACUUUAAUAUUUUUAUACUUAGAUCUCUCUUCCUGCCUCUCCCCAAAGAAGACCCACUGGCCUUAGCUGUCUGAGCUUGCCGCUUACCAUACAGUGUAUACAUAGAUAACUAGAGAUUAAAAUUUUAUUACCCAGCAUGUUGGUGUAUUUACAGCAGAGCUGAGUGCGUGUGAGUGAGUUGUUGAGGGCGGUGUAUGUGUCUGAACACCGCCUGGCGCUCCUGUGUCCCACUCGGGGGGGCCGCGUUGUGGGGCGCGAGGCUCGUCCCCGCCCCAGGCUGCAGGAGUGGUGGUCGCGACACUUGAAGUUUUUAAAUGAACUCUAGAGUCUCAAAUUAUUUUUGCAAAUGUAUCCUACGUCCUAACCCUCGUUGGCGUGCGGUGCGCUGGCUUUGUGGCUGUCCAGCAAGGUCUUCGUUCCACAAGAGUGUGUUUCCUUCUAAGAACUGUAGUGAUUUGCAAAAACCUCCAUCUGAUUCGGAAAUUGUCUACAAAAGGAGUACCAAACAUCAAAAAGUUUACUUUGGGGCCUUCGUUAUUUGAAAUGUUUGGACUUUUCAUAGAAAGCCAAGUAACCAUUUGGCCUGGAUGGUACCUACUUGGUGGAAAGUAUAUAUGCACAUUGACUUUUAAUGCCACCAGGAGACUUUCUGAAAUUGUAGGAACGAAAGGAAUUAGACCAACUGAAGUGGGGGGUGCGGGGCAGCGUGUGAGGCACUGAGCUUCCACCCGAGGGGGACGGCGGAUGGCCGGUCUGCUCCUGAGAGCCCCAGGACCAGUUUACUGUCCCCUCGGUGUGUGCGGGGACAGGCACACGUCCGGGCCUCCGGAGCGCGUGCAUACGCUCGCACCGUGUGCACAGUGGCUGUUGUCAGUUAUGUGAGAGCUGCACCGGGAGGGGGCCGUGGUAUGACCUGCUGAUGCGCUGGGCUGUGGGGCUGGAGAUGGGGAGUGAGGGCAGGUGUCCCUUCGCUGGGCGGAGUACUGAGCCUUCACGAGCAGAGUGAGAAAAAUAAGCACCUUAACUUCAGAUCCUGAAGUGUUGCUUCCAAGAAGGAAUUCGGAGUCCCACUGAGGCUGGGACACCCCCAAGGAGCCCAGCACGAAGCUCAGCUCGGGACCGCACCGCAGGCCGGGGCUCCCCUCUGGCACCCCAGAGAUGGGGCCUUGUCUCUCUUCCCCGCCCCCCUCCUGGAGCCACGAGCACAGCUGGUCUGGUCCACGUGCUCCUUCCUGGGCUGCAGGAACCCAGCUGUCCUCAUGGGCCAAGCCUGCAGAGGGGGACUGAGUCACUGGCAGGGACACGUAAUAAAGGUACGAAGAAAACGCCCCGAUGAAGCCAACACCCUGUGUUUUGUCUUUGCAAGAAAAGAGCUGGCGUGUUGAGCCGUAAGCAGGGAAGGGUGGUCUCCCUGCCGUCGGCCUUGAGGACAGGCAGGCAGAAGGGCAAUGCUUUGCCUUCUUUACCAUAAAGCCAGCCUCUCACGGUUCCAGCCUGUUAACCGGGGUUCAAACACUUUGGCAGAGUGGCACGCCCCUCUGCCUGCAGAGUUUUCUGCACCAAUCCCUUCCGUUUCCCUGCAGCCCUGGUGCCAUGUGUCCCUGCAAAUUGUGCACGUGGUUAGCGAUCAGAUAGCAGACUGCUCCUUCUCCGUGGCCACACUCAGCAUUAGCGGACCUGGAGGAGCUAACGGUACUGUCCCUGUGCUGGGAACCCGCACCUCCCCGCCCACCGGCCUCCCAAGGAAGGGCCGUCUCCCGGAAAGGACGGCGUCUGCGGUGGCCGCCUUGGGAAUGGAACAGUGAUUUAUGUGGAUGUUGUUAACGUGUUUAAAGAAUAUUUUGGAAAUUCAGUUUACAUUCUACAGUUGCUUUAUUUUUUCUGGAAAUAGAUGUACAUAAAUACUCCCCCAUCUCUCUGCCAUUCAAGUAGAGCGAACCGGUGUGGACAGUGAGUCGUCUGCCGUGCGUAGAAGCUGCGACCUAUAGAUACAUUUCUCUACCGCGUACGUGUUCCUGGAUAUAACUGUUCCUGUGUUUUUAUAAGUUGGGGCUAAUUUGUUGUUUGACAGCAACAACCUUUAUUGCAUUUAGAUGGUUUUUAUGUCAGAGAAAUCAUGCAAAACAGUGAAGGAUUUAACACCUGUAUAUGAUAUAUGUAAAUGUACAAACUUCAGAAAGAAAUAAAUCCAACAAAUUUCAAUCGUU